AUGCCGUCAAAACGUGCAGCAGACAAUCUCUCCCAGGAGAAUGAUAUGAGUGAUAACAUAUCGUUGACGUCUACGGUAGAAAGUGAUGAAGACCAAGAAUUCGAAGUGGAAGACAUUCUCGCAGAACGGAAUUCCAUCGGCGACAAUGGUAGAGUCAUAGCUCAGUACCUGGUGAGCUGGACUGGCUAUGAAGCCCAUAGGCAUAGCUGGGAGCCAGCAGCAUCAUUCAACUCAGGCGAGACUCUACGCAACUGGAAAGCCAAAAAGCGGCAGAUAAAGGCAGGCAAUAGACAGCCAUUCGAUAUUAAGCAAUGGGAAAAACAUUGCAGAGCUGUUGAAAAGCAGACUCAAGCGCGAAAAGAAAGGAGAAGGAAUUUGCGGGUCCUCAAAGCACAACAGGAAGCCCAACCAGAUAUCGAGCAGCAAGCAAGUUCGUCUGUGCCCCAGAUCAACCAGCGACGUCUAUCUAUCGACUCAGUCUCCUCUGAAAUGUUUGUUCCUAUCGCUACGCCUCCGCCGAAGGGCCCUGGCGCUGCCCCGGCUCCUGCUCCAGCGCCCGCACCUGUUCCAGUCCAAGCUCCUCAGGCUCCUCCUCAGGCCCCAACACCGGCAUCUGUCCCGGCUCCAGCUCCAGCUCCUGCACAGGCCCCAGUCCAGGCUCUUGCGCGAGCUCCUGCAGCAUCUGCCCGGGCUCCAGCCAAGGCUCCUACUCAGGCUUCUACGCCAGCUCCUACGCCAACAUCUGCCCCGGUUCCUGCACCGGUAUCUGUCUCGGCUCCAGCUUCGGCUCCCCCACAGGCCCCAGUCCAGGCUCCUGCACCAGCUCCUGCACCAGCUCCUGCCCGGGCUCCUACUCAGGAUUCUACCCCAGCUACUGCGCCAACAUCUGCCCGGGCCCCUGCACCGGCAUCUGUCCCGGCUCCAGCUCCAGCUCCUGCACAGGCCCCAGUCCAGGCUCUUGCGCCAGCUCCUGCAGCAUCUGCCCGGGCUCCAGCCAAGGCUCCUACUCAGGAUUCUACACCAGCUCCUACGCCAACAUCUGCCCGGGCUCCUGCACCGAUAUUCGUCUCGGCUCCAGCUCCAGCUUCCGCACAGGCCCCAAUCCAGGAUCUUGCGCCAGCUUCUGCGAGGACCCCUGCUCGGGCUCCUACUCAGGAUUCUACGCCAGCUCCUGCGCCAGUAUCUGCCCGGGCUCCUACUCGGGCUCCUGUACCAGCUCCUGUCUCGGCUUCUACUCCAGCUCCCGCAAAGGCCCCUGCGUCAGCUCUUGCGCUAACAUCUGCACGGGCUCCUGCACCGGUCUCUGCCUCGGCUCCUGCUCCAGCUCCCGCACCAGCUCCCGCCCCAUCAUUCCAACAGCCAAGACCCAGCAGCGGAUGGACUGCGGUCAAUGUGCGGCCAUAUCCACGCAUAUCAGGGCCUACACUUGCCCGAGUUGCAACAGAUAGCUCCCUCGGUCACAAAACCACACAAGAUCUGCCGCCAGCUGAGCCCAAGCAUCCACUGAAAGCAAAGUCGGCAGCGUCAAAAACGAAUAAGGCAACACUACCAAAGAAGAGCGCGCCUAUCAGGACACCAGCAUUGCCUGGGUUUGGUGUUUUUCGAAGCAGUCUUCAGGGCAAGCAGAGCGGAAAGGAAGCACCUCUUACAUCUGCCAUUGAUGUUAGGAAACCUUCUGAUUACGCAGCGAGGACAAUGAUGGGUGAUAACACCCCUGCCAUGCUGCUACCAGCGAGCCUUACAUCCGGUGAAGCUCAGAAUAGUACCAAUAAGCCCCAAACUGAUCCGGAUGGUCUAUCAGAGCCUUUUCCAGGUAAAACAGCCAACAUGCCAAAUCAACAGUUAGCAGAACAAAGUGUUUCAACGCCAACUCCCGCGCCCAUCAUGCCUGUGCCAGAACCACGCCUUCCGAGUCCUUCUGCCGUCAAUUCGACUUCACUGCCAGCUAACGCUCAAUCCGAAUCAAACAAUGACAAGCAUCACAGCCCGCCUAGCCCACAUAGCCCAACACGCUCUAGGGAGGUCGUUCUUCGCAGAUCCCCACAGACAAUUGUUCUGCCGAGCACUGAGCCUCUAAGUUCAGAUCUUAGUGCUCUCAAACCUCCGUUGAACGCGGCCGAUGAUCUUGCGACAAAUGGAACCCCCCUAGAUAGCCCCAAUAGCGCUCGGCAAUUCGGCCCUUUCUCCCUUGUGUCCCCUGCGCCGCCUGGCGAGUUUCCCGGUUCGUCAGAGCCUGCGCAAAGACCCCCCAUCGCCCAACAGUCUUCACAUCAUGAGCGCCCAGGAUCGCCUAAUCGGUCUCGCAGUCGACGGCGACACUCGUCUCCAUUGGAUCAACACUGCUCGCAGUGGGCUCCCCCACCAAGACGGUCGCCUUCUCCACCAAGAAAGCGACACUCUCCAAGACAAUGGUCUCCUCCCAGGAGAUGGUCUCCACCCAGACGAUGGCAUUCUCCACCAAGACAAUGGCCUUCUCCACCAAGAAGGCGGACACCUCCCUCGAGACGGUCGUCUCCCCCCCAUCACUCGCUCCAGCGUCACAGAUCUCAGUCGCCUCGUCGCUCGCCUCUGCGUCGCAGAUCCCGAUCUCCCCAUGUGCCAACCCAGCCCCAUCGAACUGGAGAGAUUGAUAGCUACAGACCUGGUAUGCAUUGUUCACCAGACCGUUCAGUGUCUGCCAACGUCAGAAGCGAGUCACGUGCAAAUAAACAAGUUGUUGUCCCCGUAUCGUUUAGAGCUACAACGUCAUUGAAGCCUGAAUACCCGGCGGAUCUAGUGGAGGCUCGCACUGCUGCUCUUGUAGCGCGAAUGCCUGUUCGUGAACCCGAGGGGCCUGUGUACAAAAUGGGGAAAUACUGGUGGGACAAUAGCCGAAAUGAGAUUCUUUUACAUGUGCAUCAUGGACCCGAAAAGAAAGAAAUUGGCCCUCUCAGACUCUGCGGUCUAUCCCCCAAGGUGAAGAAAGAUCUGCUUUUUGGUGGAAAACAAGUGGGGGUUGCCAGGUUUGACGCCUGGUUCAAAGAUGUGUGUACCUUGGAGGAGUUCAAUAAGCUACGUGACCCUAAUGCUGAUAACAUCGUCUGCACUGGAUGGCUUGAAGGAUUUGCGGACAACAACUCCGACCUAUUCCACAUGGCGGAACAUCUGCGAAAUGAAGACAAGAUUGCAAUCUACUAUCCCAACAAUCAAGCAAAUGGGCCAAAUUAUGCACUGGUGGGGUGGUCUCAUGGGUCUCCAACCUUCCAGUUCCCAGCCAAGUCCAAGGCAAGUCUGCCACUCGACGUGGAAAUUCCUUUACUUGUUGCAGUGCAUACUCAACUUCGACCUAAUCAUGUGUUGGGGCCCAAACAUACUUCUAGGUCCAGACAAUCCUCUGUCUCAUCUUCAGUAUCCUUUCUACCAGUGUCAACUCGAGUUGCUGAUCCUGCCACCCCGGCCAGCCCCGGAAUGCAACUUCAACCGCCUGCAUCAGCUGAUGUAGAGCUGGAGGCAAAAUCACAACUUGAGAGUUUUAUGGCUGAACGCAAAAUAAAGGCCGAAGAAUUGGCCACGAUCGAAGAUGGUGUGAAAUUUUCGAAGGCGAACUACUUCUAUUUGCACUUCCCCUCCGAUGACGACGAAGCGCAGAUGGAUCUCAACCUCCUGAAGCCAUACUUAAUUAUUCAUGGGAUGACUGUCCUCACGAAUCUUGACCCAGAUGGCUGGUCUAAAUUCUGCGAAAACAGCAAGAUGGGCGUGGUUAUAUUCCAUGAAUCGUUCAGCAGAUACGAGAGCAUGCAGCCUCCUCUGAGCCGCGCACUCCGUAGCGCUGGGUUCAACUUCUGGGUGAUUCGUGUUAAAAACCCGCUCCAAACGAUGGAUGACCGAUAUUGUUUGCCCGAUGAUCAUUGCACUCGUAUCUUGCUCAAGGAUGUCGUGAUACUUCUGACCGAGGACAUGCUUGGGGACCUGAAAGGCACCGCCAUCCUGCUUCAGUGGAUUCGCAACAAGGAAAAAUUGAAGGCACACUCAGUCGCCCAUCAUAUCAUGCUCCAUCCGGGCGUGAUGGAGUGGAUAGAGAGGAGAUUGGACGACGAUCGCUUUUUGAAGGACCAUGCACUGCUUGGGCUUGUCCAAACCCUGAUAUGGAAGCUGAAUGUUUCCGAUCUUCGCCAUGAAAUUUUCAGAGAGUCCAGUCUCGACCCCGAGCUCUCAAACACCGUCAUGUCCCACCCGGUCCACAGCUAUGAUCGCACAGGGUCCAAUGAACCAAAGAGCAAAGAAAGAGCUAUAAGUGAUGCCGAUAAUCUCAUCGAGUUCUUUGCAGGUUGGGCACUCCUCAAUAUGCAACGCUUCAAGUACUUCUUUGCUGUGACAUCCACGGGGAUGACCCCAGAGUCUGAGCGCUGGAUGUCAUGGGGCCACAUUAGUGUUACCCGCGGUGGAUACGAAUCCUUCUUCCAAGGCUUUAAGGUGAAACAAUCUGAUCUCGACAAUAUAUGGUCCCGUCUCUCUGCGGAUUACAGACCACGCACGUCAAACCCGAGCCAGCCGUCUCUGCCUAUUUCCGGUACCUCUACACCACGGACACCUGUACAGCCACAAGGAGCGUCACUUGGCCGUGCCAGGCCUGUUUCGCAGGGUACUCGGGACGGUCAGGAUAAGCUUGAAUAUCCGGCUCCUUACCAAUGA